AUGAGCCAACAAAAUUACGACAAAAGUGCACUGAGCCUUAAUUUAAACGGAGGCAGAUCAGCAGUAAGUAGCCGAAAAAGAAAAUUUUUGCAGCCAUCAGCUGCUCUUCUUCAAAGUCCCGAUUUAAAACUUUUAAAACUUGGUAGUCCAGAGUUAGAAAAGUUAAUUAUUCAAAAUAAUGGAUUUAUACCCACUCCAACAAUCGGAAAUACAAGUUUUUCUCAAGUAGGGGAUCAUGUAGAAGAUCAAGAAAGCUUUGCACGAGGUUUUAUUGAAGCACUUCAAAAAUUACAACAAGAAAACGAUGUUAAAGACUCUCCGUUAACAAAAGCAUGGAAUUUUUCAAGAAUCAGUAACCUAAAUCAGACUGCUAUUUCAUCAUCUUUACCAACUUAUCAACAAAUUACAGCAAGUAAUAGCUUGCCUAAUGUUUCAAAAUGGGGUCAGGUUGAUCAUAAUUUAAAUACUGUUCCUGUAAUUACAGCUAAUGGCAACCAUUAUGAUAACCAGUCGCAACUAAAUUCAAUAAAAUAUUCUACAGCAACAUCAGUAGAUGUUGCUUCUACAAUUGGUUUGGAUUCAUUGCCAAAAUCAAAUUACUACAUUUCAAAAUCUCAGCAAUGCAAUAUUGAAAGAACUUCUCAUUCUAAAAUAAAUUCAGACUUAUAUCCUCCUUCAAAUAACUCGUUAGUUUCUGAAAUAAAAACUGAAGAUGAUAUGCCACCAUCUGUGGGUUCUUCAACUUCAAGUGUAAAUCUUGAAAUGAAUCCUAUUGAUUUAGAUGCACAAGAGCACAUAAAACAUCAAAGAAAAAAGUUAAGAAAUCGAUUAGCUGCACAAAGAUGUCGUAAGCGUAAAAUUGAACGUGAAGAAACCUUAAAACUAAAAGUUAAAGAAUUAAAAAAUAAAAACUCUGAACUAACUAAUCUUGCUAGCAAGCUUAGAAUGCAAGUUUGUGAACUUAAACAGCAAGUAAUGCAUCAUGUUAAUGAGGGUUGUCAAGUAUUUUAUAAAGAUGCAGAUCUUGAUAGUUAG